AGAAAGAAAACAAAAAUUCUUUAGUAUUAAGCAAAUGAGGCUAAUAUGGGAAACAAAUGAACACAAACUAAUUAGUAUGUAGCCCCCACAUUUUCACACACAUUAACCCUUUUAAAGUUUUCCUCUUUUUAUUACCUUCCCCCUUUGCAGAGUGGCAUUGGUAUCAUCCUUCCAGUUCCCAUUUCACAACCAGUCCCAUGGCCAUGAUAUUCACACUUCUCCUCCAUCUCUUUCUUUUCUCUUUGGCCACAGCCUCAACCUCCAUUCAUGACCUGCUGAAGAGCAGAGGCUUGCCUGCUGGGCUUUUUCCAAAGAAUGGUGUGAAGUCUUAUGAACUUGGUGAAGAUGGGCUACUGCAAGUGUACUUGGACUGGCCCUGUGUCGCCAAGUUUGAGACAAGGGUUAUGUUUGAAAGUGUUGUGAGGGCUAAUCUUAGUUAUGGUGGGUUGAUUGGAGUGGAGGGCCUGUCUCAAGAAGAGCUGUUUUUGUGGUUGCCUGUUAAGGACAUCAUUGUUUAUGAUCCUUCCUCUGGCCUUAUUCUGUUUGACAUUGGAGUGGCUCACAAACAGAUGU